CAUCAGGAGCUGGUCCACGGUUUGCGCUUUUCUGUGAUGACCGCUCAAAGUAAAGAGAUGACUUUCAAAUAAGGGUUUUGUCACCAGCCACAAAUACGGCCUACAUAGUUUAGUUUUUUGUUUAAAUAGCUUUUAAUUUAUUGUCGCAAUGCACGGGCUCGCCCCCGUUUCCCUGCUCAUCCUGUUCCUGUCCUGCUGCAGCCCAGCACGGGGAUAUUUUGCGGAGGAGCGCUGGAGCCCCGAGUCUCCGGUCCUCGCCCCCCGAGUUCUCGUCGCCCUCAUCUGCCGAAACUCCGAGCACUCUUUGCCGUAUUUUCUCGGUACUAUUGAGCGUCUCAACUACCCCAAGGACCGUAUGGCUCUGUGGGUAGCAACUGAUCACAACGAGGACAACACCACGGCCAUUCUGCGUAACUGGCUUGUCAAGGUGCAGAACUUGUACCAUAAUGUGUUGUGGAGGCCACAGGAGGAGCCAAGACGUUAUGCAGAUGAAGAUGGCCCAAAGCACUGGCCAGACCUUCGCUAUGAGCAUGUAAUGAAGCUUCGACAAGCAGCGCUGGAGUCAGCUCGUGAGAUGUGGGCAGAUUACUUUAUGGUGGUGGACUGCGAUAACCUCCUCACCAACCCUAAUGUGGUGUGGAAGCUUAUAAAAGAGAAUAAGACCAUUAUCGCUCCAAUGCUUGAAUCCCGUGCAGCCUAUUCAAACUUCUGGUGUGGAAUGACCUCGCAGGGUUACUAUAAGCGCACCCCUGCUUACAUACCCAUGAAGAAGCAGAUACGAAAGGGCUGUUUUGCAGUACCCAUGGUCCACUCCACCUUCCUGAUAGACCUCAGGAAAGAGGCAUCCAGGCAGCUGGCCUUUCACCCACCACAUCCAGAGUACAGCUGGGCUUUUGAUGACAUCAUUGUGUUUGCCUUCUCUGCUCGGAUGGCAGAUGUUCAAAUGUUUGUAUGUAAUAAAGAGACCUAUGGUUACUUCCCUGUGCCACUACGACCCCACAACACUUUGCAAGACGAAGCUGAGAGCUUCUUGCACUCCCUGCUGGAGGUUAAUGUGCGAAAUUCCCCGGUGAUGCCUUCCAAAUACAUACCUGUUCCUGGAAAACAUCCUGACAAACUGGGCUUUGAUGAGGUUUUCAUGAUAAACUUGCAGAGGAGGACUGACCGCCGAGAACGCAUGCUGAGGGCGUUGUACGAGCAAGAGAUUGCCUGCAAGGUCAUCGCCGCUGUAGACGGAAAAGCAAUGAAUAUCGGUGAAAUUCACACUAUGGGCAUCCACAUGCUCCCCGGAUACAGUGAUCCUUAUCACGGUCGUCCACUGACAAGGGGAGAGCUGGGAUGUUUCCUUUCCCACCAUAACAUCUGGAAAGAGAUCGUGGAGCGAAACCUACACACCUCUCUGGUGAUUGAAGACGACUUGCGCUUUGAGGUCUUCUUCAAACGCCGCUUGAUGAACUUGAUGAACGAGGUGGAGGCUGAAGGACUGGACUGGGAUCUCAUUUAUAUCGGUCGAAAGAGAAUGCAAGUGGAACGCCCAGAGAAAGCAGUGCCCAAUGUACACAACUUAGUGGAAGCAGACUAUUCAUACUGGACUCUAGGUUAUAUGAUAUCAUUACAAGGUGCUGAGAAGCUUUUGAAAGCAGAACCGCUAAAAAGGAUUUUGCCAGUGGAUGAAUUUCUUCCUGUUAUGUACAAUAAACACCCUGUGUCUGAUUAUAUGGAACAGUUUGAAACCAGAGACUUGAAGGCAUUUUCAGCAGAGCCUCUUCUAGUGUACCCGACACACUACACGGGCGACCCAGGCUACAUCAGCGACACUGAGACCUCCACAGUGUGGGACAAUGACAAGGCCCGUACAGACUGGGACAGAGCAGGCUCAGGAAAGACUCGGGAGCAGGCUGAGAUCAGCGCCGAGGCCCAGAACUCCGACGUGCUGCAGUCUCCUUUGGACAGUACAGUACGGGAUGAGCUAUGAGAGGCCGGUUGACUUUUGCAUCACUUCAGAGUUUGUAGAAUGAUUUAAUUUAUCCAGAUGUGACAAAUUAAAAAGGGAUCGGGUGUCUUCUGUCAUGUUUGUCUAUAGUUUUUACCGUAGAAAGGCACUAGACUUGCCAUUUGGAGUGGCAUUUGCAGUACCCAACUUCGGUCUGUCAUACAGAAAGUGGCAAAGAAUGCAGUUGGACUGUUACAUUUCAGUUGCUGAGCAGUUUUCUUGUCCUAGUUGAGUAUUACACUGGAAAUAGUUUUUUAAAAUACACUUUCUCAAGGCUACCAUUGAAUUAGACUAUAACCAUACUCUGUGUCACUGAGCAAAGUCAAGACACUUAACACAAGGAUUCAACCAGUCAAAUUCAUUGGUCUGUGUUAUGAAAAGUCCAAGAUAAGAAACACCUGUAUGUUUUUUGCUUUGUGUUGUUUUUUUUUUUUAUUGUUUUCUUUUUAAACUUUGUUUUACAUAAUCAUUAGUCAGCACUUGAGAUGCUUGCAGUGAAGCUUUACAAAGCAAUUAAAUGCACAAGCAACAGUUGAUGUCAACUCAGAAUCUUACAUUUACAGAACUACUGGAGAACAAAUGCCAAAGCUAGUUGUCA